GCCCACGAAUAAAUAAUCUUUCUUUGAAUCAUAAUACAUCAAAUUCUUCAGAUCUCUUCUAUCUGCAAUCUCCUUCUACAGAGAAAAAAUGGCUUUGAGGCCCAUUGAUAAUGCUCUCCCUUUAACACCAGAAAGACCCAAAAAGCAAGCAAAAGUCUCAGUUCCGAUUCAAAAACAGGCAGAGUUUGGUGUAAAUGAUGAAAAUAAGGCUCCAUUGCCACUCUCUGCAGAUGCUGCUAUCGAUUAUAUCUCUUCUGAGAAUCUCAAAGCCAUUCCAGACCCUGAAUCCAAGAUCCAGGGUCUUGUUGAAGGCUUAGAUUCGAAGGAUUGGACAAAGGUUUGCGAGUCACUGAAUAAUACUAGGCGGUUUGCGUUGCAUCACUCCUCUCUUUUGCUCCCAAUCUUGGAAAAGGUAAUGUUGGUGGUGGUGAAGGCCAUGAAGAACCCAAGAAGUGCUUUGUGUAAAACCUCUAUUAUGGCUUCAUCUGAUAUUUUCAAUGCCUUUGGCUCUAAAUUACUUGACUCCACUACUGAAGCUUUUGAUAACUUGCUGUUGCAGCUGCUGCUCAAAGCUUCUCAAGAUAAAAGGUUUGUGUGUGAAGAAGCAGAUAAAGCAUUGAGUGCAAUGGUGAGGUCCAUGACUCCUCUGCAUCUGCUCCAUAAGCUCCGAGCAUAUGUUAGCCAUGCCAACCUUAGAGUCAGAGCCAAAGUUGCCAUAUGCAUCUCCAACUCCGUCUCCAAUAUGGGUCUGGAAGGAAUGAAAGAGUUCGGAUUGGUUUCAUUGGUACAAAUGGCUGCCAAUUUGUUGAACGAUAGGCUGCCCGAGGCAAGAGAAGCAGCACGAAAUACUGUGAUUUCUAUAUUUGAAGCAUAUACAGAAAAUGAAGAGCAGAAGCAGGAGUCGUGGCAAAACUUUUGCCAAUCCAAUUUGCCAACUAUUCAUGCUCAGUCUAUGGCUAAAAUUACUAGUUUAUAGUAGAAUGUAGUGUUGUGCUGAUGUUAAGAGUUCGCAGGGCACUAGAAACUAAGGCCAUUAAAGAAAUGAAAAACGGAUUCUAUUUGCUUUCCAGUUAGCAGAUUCUAUUUCAUGUAAAUUCUACUUUUACAUGAAUCCAGUAAUAAAAUAGUUCACCUUGUGCUGA